AUGACAGAGGAAACACCAACAAGGACGACUGCAACUCCCACUAAAUCAGAAGAACAGAACCAGACCAUGAAGCGAGAACUACCAAGGGUGACGGUUAGCACUUCGGAGGAGUAUGUCGAAAAGAUGUCUUGGGCAGUGGCCUACGCAAUGUUACCGAAUCUCUCCUGGAGACUUUUGGUUUUCGGAAACACGAGCGAGGAGAGUGAGGAAGCCUUGGAGGAGAAGCUGUUGCCAGCGUAUCAUUCCAUCAUAAAACAAUUCCUGACCUCCGGAGUUGAGGCUGGUGCUUUCAUUGCAGAGGCGGGCGAUUUUGCAGCAUACGCGGCAUGGUUCCCUCCAGGUUCACACGAAGAACCCAAAAGGUCUAGUGAAGCAUCGGAGCUGGAGGGAAAGAUUUCGAUAGAAGGCCUUGGACUGGAGCACGACAAGGUUAGAGAUGAGUUGAUCUGGUCCAAGCAUGGCCAGGAGUACUGGUAUCUAGGUUUGCUUGGCCGUGAUCCGAGAAAGCCGGCAGUGUCUGGUGCGGUGAGGGCUGUACUGCAACCUUCGAUGGAUCGAGCUGCCGUAGACGGCAAACCUGUGUGGCUUACAACCUCGAGUCCGCAUGCGAGGGAUAUCUAUCUGCAUCUGGGAUGGGAGCGGGUAAGGACAGUCGAAUUCGGCGGAUUCGAGAGCUGGUGCAUGAUUCUGUAUCCGCCUGGGACAGAGGAAGGGCCACGUUGA